UGUUGCAGGUAGACCGUUUGAAAAGAUGGGUCUAUCAAAAAUAUCAUUGUUUUAUCCAUUUAUCUGGUGUCUGAUACUUUUAAUUUGUAAGGAGAGCAAUGCAAAUUGCGAAAUGAGCAUCGACAAUAUCCGAUUGCCCAAUGUUUUGAAUUAUGGUAACAAGACUUAUUUCAUUGAUUUAAACAAGAAGUUGAAUUGGAUCAACGCAAACUUGGCUUGUAAGCAAUACAAUAUGGAAUUGUUAACGAUUGACACAGAUGAAGAAUUUGAUUUUAUCGACAUACAUAUAUCAAAAAUGGAAAAUAAUAUUCAAAUUUGGACGUCUGGUACAGAUUUAGGAGCGGAAGGAGCUUAUAAGUGGAUGAGCAAUGGUCGUAAGAUAUGUUCCAAUAGAUGGCACAAAAAUCAACCGGACAAUGCUGGUUCCGCCGAACAUUGCAUCCAAUUUUUAAAACACGAAAGUGCAAUUUUGUUGAACGACAAUAAAUGUGAUAUUACCAUAGGAUACAUCUGCCAAAGCAUCGCUAAAACAUAUUGCGAAAAACAAAAUUACUUACAAAUCAUCUGGAGCUAA